CAUCAUGUGAGGUCGCGCAGGCAACAGUCGCGGAACGCGAAGUUGGUCUCGUUUGCUCGCCUGUGCUGCCUGGGAAGCCUGGACAAUGCCGACACCUUCUUCAAUGCUCUCCUAAAAUUCCUGGCCCACGUCGAGCGCCCAGUGAUUCCUCCAUAUCUGUCAAUUGCGACUGUGACUGGAUGCAUCUGUCACAAUGGCGGACAAGGAGGCAACCGUCUACAUUAUCGACCUGGGCGAGUCGAUGGCCGACUGCCACAACGGACGCGACGAGUCGGACCUUGAUUUCGGCAUGCGCUAUGUCUGGGACAAGAUCUCCACCACCGUCGCCGCCAACCGAAAGACCUGGACUCUCGGUGUCGUGGGCCUGAACACCGAAGAGACCAACAAUGCACAGGACCGCGAAGGCCUCGAGGGCUACGACCACAUCUCGGUGCUCCAGGAAAUUGGGCCUGCGUCGAUGAGCACCCUCAGAGAUCUGCGGUCGUUGAUCCAGCCAUCGCGGAGCAACGGGGGCGAUGCCAUCUCUGCCGUCGUGGUUGCUCUGUCCAUGAUCGAGGAGUUCACCAAGAAGCUCAAGUACAACCGGAGGAUCAUCCUUGUCACCAACGCCGAAUCGCCAAUCGACGACGAGUCGCUGGAGGAUGUUGCAAGCAGGCUCAAUGAGUCCAACAUUGAGUUGGUAGUGAUUGGUAUCGAUUUCGAUGAUCCAGAAUACGGCUUCAAGGAAGAGGACAAGUCGAGAGCAAAGGCCGCGAACGAGAAGACUCUCCGGAAGCUCGUCGACCAAUGCAGCAACGGCGUGUUUGGCACCAUGGCUCAGGCUGUCGAGGAGCUGGCUAUCCCUCGCAUCAAGCCUGUAAGGCCAUUCAAGGCUUACGACGGUCCACUCACCCUCGGGGACCCAAGCAAAUAUGAGAGUGCUCUCAGUAUCCACGUAGAGCGCUACUUCAAAACCAAGCGCGCCAUGGCGCCCGCAGCAAGCACCGUGGUUGUCAACGCCGAGCGUGUCGGGCCUUCCCAGACGCAGGCCCUCGAUGAGGACAUCGAAAUGGGCGGAACUGGGUUCUCUGGGGUCAAGCAGAUGCGCACCUACAGGGUCAACGACCCUGAUGCCCCCGGUGGCAAGCGGGACGUGGAGUUUGAAGACCUUGCAAAGGGCUACCAGUACGGCCGGACUGUGGUGCCCUUCAGCGAGUCUGACUUGUCGGUCACGAAACUAGAAACCAAGAAGUCUUUUACGAUCCUUGGCUUCGUCCCGUCCAGAAGCUACAACUUUUUCCUCAACAUGGGCGAAACCGGUGUCAUCGUGGCACAAAAGCAUAACGAGCAAGCUGAACUGGGACUCUCGGCGCUCAUCCACACACUGCACGAGCUCGAAUCGUAUGCUGUGGCGAGAUACGUGCAAAAGGACGGCGCCCAACCGCAGAUAUUCAUGCUCAAGCCAAAUCCGGCUCUUGAGGAUGAGUUCGAGUGCCUGUACGACGUGCCGCUGCCGUUUGCCGAAGACGUCCGCAGCUACCAGUUCCCGCCGCUGGACAAGGUGCUCACCGUGACAGGCAACGUUAUCAAAGAGCACCGGCUGCUGCCGUCGGAGGACCUGAAGCAGGCGAUGAGCGACUUUGUUGACGCCAUGGAUCUGUCUGGUUUCGAAGUUGACGAUGAGGGGAACCCUACCGAAUACGCCUCCAUCGAUGAGCUCUACAACCCAAUCAUUCACCGCCUGAACCAGGCCAUCCGUGCCCGGGCGGUUAAUCCAGACGGGCCCAUUGAGUCACCCGCCGAGAUCCUGCUUCGCUUUUCCAAGCCGCCAGAGAAGCUCAUCAAGAAGGCAAAGUCAGAGAUAGAAGCGCUCGCUGACGCGGCCGAGAUCAAGAAGGUCCCCGCCAAGGCACAAGGCAGGCGCGGCAGAAAGGAGCCCGUCAAGCCGCUCUCGGGCCUAGACAUCGACGCGCUCCUCGGCGAGAGCAAGCGCACGACCAUCUCGCUCGAGAACGCGAUCCCCGAGUUCAAGCAGAUGCUCGCGACGGCGGCGGACGACGCGACGGUCGAGAACGCGGCCAAGCAGAUGGGCGACAUCGUCCGCAAGCUCGUCCGGGACAGCUUCGCCGACCUGUCCUACGCCCGCGCGGCCGAGAACCUCCGGGUCAUGCGCGAGGAGCUGAUCAGCCUGGAGGUGCCCGCGCUGUACAACAAGUUCCUGACCGGGCUGAAGAAGAGCAUCCUGAGCGGGGAGCUGAACGGGGACCGCAGGGAGAUGUGGUUCAAGCACGUCGUUGGGGGCCACCUGGGCUUGAUUACGCAGGACGAGUCCGAAGUGUCGGAGGUCACGGCGGACGAGGCCAAGGCGGUGAGUCUUUGAGUCUUUCUCCUCGGGUCUGAGGUGGUGGCAGGGCGUGUUGCUGAUUGCUGGCUAGUUCGCGAC